AUGAUCAUUGUGAUUGAAUUGGAAAGGCAAGUAACCAAAACUAAAAUGUGUCUCUUGUUUUCCAUCGUACAGAUCUGGGAUGUGAAAUUCAAGUCAACAGAAGGUCUUCAGGUCCUGGUCGAACUGCAUGCAUUUAAUGGAAUGACCCUGCAGCCCGACAUAAAUGGCUCCAUUAAAUGUGGUCCUUCCAAUGAGCUGAGUUUGUUUCUCUUGGAAUACCAGUCAAAUGGAUCUUGGGUCUUCAAAUCCCUAAGGCUUCGAACUUAUCUUGUGAGUAAUGUAGAUAAAGUCUUCUGUUCACUGAAGGAUACAACCAACCCUCAGCAAUGGAUCCCACAUCUAAGCAUGCAUCCGCAAAUUGCACUGUUCCACCUCCAAUCCAAGUCCUAUGUGCGGAUGCACUAUACCCAAGGCCAGGCCAUUGCUGAGGCCUCAGCUCCCUUCUCCGAAGAAUGCAUCUUCUUAUUUCAUUUUGACCACGGGAAGUACCAUCUCCAAACAAGUGACUUAAGUUACCUGACCACCGAAGGUCAGCUGCUUAGCAAACCCUCAAAGCAGACAGCUUUUGUUCUGCAUCUGAAGGCCGGUUACAUGAUCACCUUGUCUGCUGGAGAGAAAGGGAUCCUGUUCCCUCACUCAAGGUCGGGUCUUCUCUCAGCGGGAAUGUGUCCAUCAGGCAUGGAGGCUGUUUUCAUCAUCAAGAGACCCAAGCCUUGGAUCACACUGAAGACCUGUUCAAACAAAUAUGUGACUAUUAAUUAUGGAGUAGAAGUUUAUGCCCGUUCUGAGAAUAUCACAGAGCUCUCGCUUUUCCAAUAUGAAUCCAACCUGAAUAAAGACUGUGUUAGAUUACGAACCAUAACUGGACAGCUUCUGGUGCAGAGGAGACCAGCCAACAUCCUGGCGAAUGGGAAUGACAGCGAGAAGACAACUUACUUCACCCUGGAGUGGAACAAAGGCAAAGUAAGGUUACGAGCUGCGAACAAACUCUACCUGACAAUGAAACCCAUUGGACAGAUGAUAGCCUCUGCUGAACAGCCAGGACCAAAUGAAGAGUUCAUUCUGAGGCUGAUGAACCGCCCUUUUCUCAUCCUCCGCGGUAAAUGUGGGUACAUCGCCACCGAUUACCAUUCAACCCAGCUACGAUGCAGCCAGAGCAAGUAUGAAAUCAUCCUACUGACUCUUUGCAAAGGAGGAUUCUGUCAUUUCCAAGCUUUGCCAUUACACAUUAAUGAACUCUGCAUGUAG